AUGCUUUUGUCGAGGAUCGUUUUGUUACCUUGCCUGGUAACGAACUUUCGAUCUCGUACUUCGGAUGGUUCGCUGAUUAUACGUUUCAUGUUGAUGUCGGCGGAUUUCAAUCCUUCGGACGAGCGCCCCACGCAAGCCACUUGCAAAGUUGGGGAGUGUAGCACACCAUUCCGUUGGAUGGUCAAGCAACGGCAAUGGCGUGAUGGCAUGGGUGUCGUGCACCUUCUUAAAGAAGUGAUACAGAAGUUGCAGCCCAAACCGACGCACGUUGUGCUCAAUUGCGGUUUCUGGGGUCAUCUGACUUCGAGCGGCCUGCACAAUUUGUUUGCAGCUGGAGCUGAGAUCCAGAAGGCCGAUGGUAUUCGAUUUGUAUGGAAAACGAUGACGCACCUGAGUCCGAAACAGAGUGGCAAACAUCCUGAGCUGCAAGAGAUCACCGAUAUGCAGAAGAAGCUUGCUCGGCAGCAUGGUUGGGAGGUGUUUGACGCAUACAGCGUCACACACACGUACCCUGAAGACUAUUUCUACGACGGCGUGCACAUGAGAGACAAGGGCACAACGAACUUGAAUAGCAGAUUUUUGCAAGCGCUGCUGAAGUCUUUACAGUGA